CAGGCUAAAGCGUGCAAUGGAUUUGUGUAAUUUAAUCAUCUCUAAGCUUGAUUACUGCGAAAGAUAAUGCAUCCUUUAUCUCGCACUGGCUUUAGAAUGGUGGAAAGCGAUAGGUGGGAAAUAUCAAUGCAAGUAGUGCACCCAUUAUCUGCAAUGGCCUCAUCACCAUCAGCCAAUGCAAACGAACCGGAAGCAACGAAGCUGCAUGGACAAACAACACAAACGCAAACGGUUUCCAUUUUCACUACCCACCUUCUUAUCAAUCGGUCGUCUAUUUUCCAUCUCUCACCAUCCUCCCCCACCCUCAUGGUCUACAUUUUUUCCAACCUACGGUAAAAGAAGACUACAAUUAGACUGCAAAUCGCGCGCUCGGUCAUAAUGCAACUGCGGAUUCGCUACUCCGGUGCAAGGUCGUCAAGGCAGUUGCGAAAUGCCUGCCUGCCUGCCAGCCUGCUACUACCCGUUGACCCUUCUGCCGAGAGCAAAAACCAUGAACCAUCCACGGGCGGCACAAUGGCCGCAGCUUUUCUUAGCAAUAUGCUGGUAUAUUAUGCUGCCGCGAUACCGCAAGAUCACUAGGCGUGCAUGUGGCACCACUCAAACACGGUCGCUCGGUCGGUCGCUCGGUCGGUCGGUCAUCCCUUCCCCUUUUGUCGUCCACGGGCUUCGUGGUCGGUGAUCGUUCGUACGGCUCCGGGGCCCGGCCCGUGCGGUGGGUACGGUUUUCAGCCUCCGGGACCAUAACCGCGGUUCAGUUUGAAUUACACCAUCGGACGGCUCACACGCACUGCGCUGUCGAGUGGCUCGUGUGCCUGGCUAACACAGACGCGUGAGCAAACAGCUCGAGUUCGAACUCCACCACCGACGGACAAACUUUAGGCCCGCGGGCAACAACAUAUCACGCGUGCGACAAGUGUGAAAGUAAAAGUGUGUCGCACGGAAAUUCGGCAACAAACAACGCACAAAACAACAACGGAAAGGACAGAUGUUUUUUUUGCGCAGGAAGGAAGCAGUGGAGUAGUGCAGUGAAGCGGCAUUUGUGUGUGAAGGUAUCCAAAAACAAACUCGUCAAUGUAGAUCGUUGUUGAUCGCGACUUUGUGUUUUGGGCCUUUUCAAAAUUGUUUAAAAAUAGUGCGCAAAUACUACGCAGUCCAUCGACGUGACCUGGACCAUCGAGCCCGUGGGUUGGAAAAUGUCGAUCCACUAACAACAGUACGCAGCAGCAGCAGCAGCAGCAUCGAAAGCGACCAAUUAUUAUCAAUCGUACUAGAUUGUGCACUCAUCAUCAUCGUGCGUUGUACUCAAGAAUUGAUCCUGCUAUCAUUAUCUGAUCUACGAAACCAGGCGUUCCGAGUUCCAUCAUGGGCAAAACGGCCUACACAAUAAAUGGCUCCACCAACGGGCGGGACGAGAAAAAGGUGCGACCUGACGACAAGAUGGCAACACGGCUCGACGGUAACGAUAAGCAGCAGCAGCAGCAGCAGCGACAGGAAGUGAGCGCGUUCCGCCGCAUCCUGCCACAGAUACUGGCCAGUACGGCAAAAAAUUUCCUCCUGCUUGAUCUCGGCAUGGCGGUCGCCUUCCCGACGAUCGUCAUUCCCGCACUGCGGGGCAUAAAAAAUCGCGCCCCGGACGAGUUUCUCCACUUUACACCCCAGCAAGCGUCCUGGUUUGGAAGCAUUGCCUACAUCUGCCAACCGGUGGGAAGCGUUCUGUCCGGAAUCAUUCUCGAGCCGCUCGGGCGCAAGCGAUCGAUGAUUCUGGUCAACAUUCCGCACAUUAUUGGCUGGUUUAUGUUGCACUUUGCUGGGUCGCUGGAGGAAAUGUACACGGCGGCCAUACUGCUCGGACUGGGCGUCGGCUUCAUGGAAGCGCCGAUCGUGACCUAUGUUGGGGAAAUUUGUCAACCAUCGAUCCGCGGCAUUCUGACGUCCUGUGCCGGUGUGGCCGUGAUGUUGGGCUUCUUCAUGGUGUAUUUGCUCGGGACGGUAACCACCUGGCGUACGACGGCGGCCAUUUGUGGUGUCAUUCCGAUCGCCACGAUGAUUGCGAUCUGCUUCGUGCCCGAGACGCCGAUGUGGCUGCUGUCCAAGAACCGGGCGGACGAUGCACUCAAGUCGCUGCAGUGGCUGCGUGGCUGGGUGUCUCCGAAGGCCGUCGAGCAGGAGUUCCAGGAGAUGAAGCGCUACAGCCUGCAUUCGGCAAAGUGUGCCAUCUGCGAGAAGAGCGGUUCGACGACCACCUGCCAGCAUCCCCCGCUAACCGAGUGGACCAAGCUGAAGGAGCUGACGAGGAAGCGUAACCUGCGCCCGUUCGUGCUGGUGAUGCUGUUCUUCGUGUUCGGUCAGCUGAGCGGGCUGACGGGGAUGCGACCGUAUCUGGUGCAAAUCUUCCAGGCGUACGGUGUGCCGCUGGACGCGAACUGGGCCACCGUGUCGACGGGCUUGCUCGGGCUGAUCGCUAACAUCGUGUGCAUGGUGAGCAUCAAGUUUGUGGGAAAACGGCGGCUCGCCAUUACGUCGAUGGCGGUCACAGCGCUGUCGUGCAUUUCGCUGUCCAUCUACGCUUUCAACACGUUCCCGCCCGGUUGGACGUCGUUCGAUAACCAUCCCGGUACGAGCCACAUCACAUCGAUGGGCUACAUUCCGAUGGUGCUGUUCUUCAUGCUGGCGUUCUUCACCAGCGUUGGCGUGCUGCCCGUGCCCUGGAUUUUGCUCAGCGAAGUGUUUCCCUUCAGAAAUCGCAGCCUGGCGUGCGGUAUUACGGCCGCCCUGCACUACGUCAUGUCGUUUGUGACGACCAAAACGUACUUCAACCUGGAGAGUGCGCUCUCGCUGCCCGGUGUCAUCCUGUUCUACGGCGUGAUGGGCAUGGUCGGGCUCGCGUUCGUGUACUUCUUCCUGCCGGAAACGGAAAAGCGCACGCUGGAGGACAUCGAGCUGUACUUCUCCGACAACAAGCGCAAGCUGACCGACAUCUACAUUCCGCGACGAAACCGGGACGAGGAAAUGGUGGCCGUCGUGUCCAAGCUGGCCGAGAAAGCGAUGGAAAAGCAGGGCAUCGACAACGCCGUCUUUACGGAGGGCGAUAAAUAACCGUAAAACCCGUAUCUAAUUCCUGAAUUGCUGUAUAGUUGUGUAAGCUUAAUUUUAUUUCUUAGACGAUCGUUAAGACCGCUACCACGAAACCAGACUGGAUCCCGUGCGGAGGAAAAACGAACUGGACCCUUCCUCUCCACCAUUCUCGCUCAUGCGCUCAUUCCUCUAUGUAUGCCAUAAAGAACAAAUAAAGUAAACCAUUAUCCUUCUCUUACCACCGUAA